AUGACACUCCCGCCACGAUUCCUACGAUCCCUCCGUCCUCUUGCGACACGCUCCGUGCCAGCUCUCGCGCUCGCGCGUCCUGUUCCCGAGCUGCAACGACGCACAUACGCAACCCCAAUCCCAGGGCCGACAGUCACACCCCAGUCGCUAGCCUACGUCACGCAGUUCCGCGACCGCGCGUCAGCGGCCGGAUACGACCAGGACACAAUAGCCCGCCUCAUGGACGCCGAAGUUGUGGCAGGCCGAAUGCCCCCUGAAGGGCCGGGUACGAUGCGCGCCAUUGCCAAGUUUCACAAGAUCAGCGUGGCCUUCCUCAUCCUCGUCAUGGGCGCGAUGAUGAUUGUUCCCAUCGCACGACAUGGACGUAACCUCCUCCCUGCGCCAUUACAGGGCGCACCCGAGAAGAAGGAACGUGUCGUGCCCCGGCCCCGGAGGCUGGGUGAGCGCGCCAAUUCGGAAUAA